CUCGCAGGCGCCCCCCCCCACUGCCCCUUCAUGGAUUUGGGGGUGUCUCCCCCCUUUUUCCAACGCGCCGCUCCGGAGGUACAGGAGGACGUCGCCCCUCCCCCAUCAGCCCCUCUGAAUUGGCUGACGGAUCCGGAGGAGAAUCCGGAGGAGAAUCCGGAGCGGAGACUGGAGGAUAACCUCCCAGAGGACGCUUUCCCGUACGCGGCGGUGUUGCGGGGGCGGCUGUGGGGGCUGCGGCGCUCUCACACCUAUCGGGUGUUCACGGCCGUGGGGCGUCGCGCCGAGGCGCCUCCCAUGGCUUUUUGGGGGUCCCCUCCGAGAGCCCUCGAGCUCUGGUGCUCCAACGACUACCUGGGAAUGAGCCGACACCCCCAGGUCAUCCGCGCCGCCAGGACGGCUCUGGAGGCGCACGGAUUGGGCUCCGGAGGGACGCGGAAUAUCGGGGGGACGUCCCCCCUUCACGCGGCGUUGGAGGGAGCGUUGGCGCAACUCCACCGUCAGCCCCGCGCCGCACUCUUCUCCUCCUGCUACGCCGCCAACGACACCGCCUUAUCCACCCUCGCCCGCAUCCUGCCAGGUUGUGAGGUGUUUUCCGAUGAGGGCAACCACGCGUCCAUGAUCCAAGGAAUCCUACGGAGCGGCGUUCCCAAACACAUCUUCCGUCACAACGAUCCUCAACAUCUGCAGCAGCUUUUGGAGCGGAGUCGUCCCGGAAUUCCCAAGAUUGUCGCCUUCGAGUCCGUCCAUUCCAUGGAUGGUUCCAUCGCUCCUCUGGAGGAGCUCUGCGACGUCGCUCACUCCUAUGGGGCUCUGACCUUCGUGGAUGAGGUCCACGCCGUGGGGCUCUAUGGGGCGCGAGGAGCCGGAAUCGCCGAACGCGAUGGGGUGAUGCACAAAGUCGACAUCGUCUCCGGCACUUUGGGUAAAGCAGUGGGCGCCGUGGGAGGCUACAUCGCCGGCUCGGCCGAAUUGGUGGACGCCAUUCGCUCUUUGGGACCCGGGUUUAUCUUCACUACGGCGUUGCCACCCGCCGUGGCAGCCGGCGCUUUGGCUUCCCUAAAGAUUUUGGGGAGCCCCGAAGGUGGGGUGCUCCGCCGGACUCACCAAAGGCACGCCAAGCACCUCCGCCUGCUGCUGAGGGACCGCGGGCUGCCCGUCCUGCCGUGCCCCAGCCACAUCGUCCCCGUCAGGGUGGGGGACGCCGAGGCCAACACCCGGCUGAGCAGGGCGAUGCUGGAGGAACACGGCUUGUAUGUCCAGGCCAUCAACCAUCCCACCGUGCGGCGCGGGGAGGAGAUGCUGAGGUUGGCGCCCAGUCCACAUCACAGCCCUGACAUGAUGGAGAACCUGGCUGAGCGCCUGUCGCAGUGCUGGGGGGCUCUGGGCCUCCCCCGCGAGGCCCCCCCGGGCCCCUCGUGCUCCUCCUGCCAUCGGCCCCUCCACUUCGCCCUCAUGAGCGACUGGGAGCGCCAACACUUCGGGGCGGCCAGCGUCGCCGUACGGGCUUGAGACACCCCCAAAACCCACAGGGACCCCAACACCACCCCCCACACCCCCCAACACCCCCCCCAGACCCUCCCC